AUGUUCGAAAUAGGACGAACGAAUGCUUGCUCGUCUCCACCCGAAACGAUGGAGACUCGUGGACUGCAUCAACCUGAACGUUGUAUCAAAGCUAAACGGCUGCAGGGCAACGGAAAUCAGCCGUCGUCUUCUGUCAACUUGCAGGCUUCUUCAACGAUCACGGAUGCAUUUCUUCCGCUUGAACCCAAUUGGGAAGAAAGGGAGGCUCUUCUAACCAACAUUAGCGGUGGUAUCUCAGAUCUCCCACCUCAACUACCUUCGCUAUAUCCAGCACUGCCUACAUCGUAUUCAAAUCUUCUAUAUGGCCUUAUUGAGAAGUCAGCUCCGAUGCCUCAUUCGGGGCAGAACCCUGCAGCUUCCAAUUCAUCCUCUUUGCCCCACUCAAAUUUGUCCUUAGGAUCUUCCUCUACUCCAACUCCUGAAAUACGCCAAACUGAUCUGCUUCAGUCAUCCUCCGCAUCUGGCCAACUCCUCAUUCUGGCUUGGGAUUCGCUCAAGCAUCAAACUUUCUGGCUUGUUCUUCACUUUCCAUAUCUCCUUUCGUUUAUUUUUUUCCUAUUUUUUAUGUUAUUCUCAUGA